AUGACUGAGCACAACAUGCUCAAUUAGUCUACAACUGUAGGGAACACCACUGUCUAGCACAUUCCUAAUAAUUUAGAUUUCUCAGCGAUUAUGAACAACAAUAACUUGACUCAAAUUUAUGGCUUGGAUUCCAGAGGAGGAGGUGGGGCAAGAAAACCUAUCAAUAGUUCUUACUAUGUCCCUCCAACUCUUAAAAGAACCAAUUCCAAUGAUAAAAAGAGAGAUUUUCACAAGAAACUUCAAAGUAAAUUGGACACUUUAAUCAAGAAAAAAGAUUAUCAACUGCUUAUGCAAAUGACUAAAAGUAAGAUCGCUCAGAAUAUGGGUAAUUUAGGAUCUAUGCUGGGAAAAGGACUUGGAGCGAGAAGGAAAUCCACUGACAAUUCUAUGAAUCAGACCUAGAACAUACUGCUCUCUCCAAAUGCUGAUAGUCCGAAAAAUCAUCAGCAAACUAAUCCAAACUUAGGGAAAGCAGGCAUCUUCCAGCUAUUGAACCAAUCUUAGGGGAUCGUUGACGAUGCGUAACAACCUUAGAAUGAAAGAAACAAAUCACUAAAUCAUUCUUUGACCUUGUAGCCACCUCCCUCAGAUCCAAUCGAACUAAUCUCCUCAAGUGAAGAUGAAGAUGAGGAAGCGAAGGAGAUGCAGACUCUGAUAGCUGAAGGUGAAGGCAAGCUAAAGCGUAAAAACAGAGUGAUCUCAUAUGAAACUGGAACUAAAAGCAUACUAUGCAAGAGAUUCGUAAAGCUUGGCUAGUGUGCACAAGGUGAUAAAUGCGAAUAUGCGCACUACAAGAAAGAUCUACAGUUUAAUUCCCCUUAGGAAUGGGUGGAGUUAGUCAAGAAUAUAAGCCAUUAGAAUAAAAUGAGUUUGGAAACUAAAUCACAGAUGAGUUCUUUGAAGGAGAUUAAUGCGAAGUACAUUAUUGAUAAUACUGGCCAAAACAUGACUAAGACCUUAUUAGAUGCAGCUAGAAUGGAUGACUACAGAGGAGUUGAGUUUCUGAUUUAGAAUGGAGCUAACCCUUCUGCCUAGGAUUUCAAAGGAAAUGAUGCACUCUUCUACGCAGUCAUCAAUAACUGUGUAAAGACAAUCAAAUCUCUAAUCCAAUAUGGAGGUGAUAAACUUCCUGUUGACAGAGUAUACGGCAAGAAAAAGCGAAACCUAUUGACUAAUGCAGCAAUAUACUCCUAGGAUAUUAGAGUUUUGGAGUUACUGCUAGAUCAUUAGUCACAUAGAAUUAAAUUCAACGUCAAUCAGACUGAUAGAUUUUAGAGAAAUGCUGUAUUCUACUCUCUAUUUAGGAAUAAACUCAGAGCAGUGCAACUUUUUAUUUAACAAGGCUAAAGUUAAUUGGAUAUAGUAGAUUUAAGUGGAAUGUACAUGAUCGACUAUGCCCUCUAAUUCAACUUCGAAGAGAUACUGCUUGAGCUUGUGAAAGGAGGGGCUAGACUCGGCAUUAAAAAUAGCAAAGGAGUCGCUAUUAUGAUGUACGCUGCUCAGGUCGGGAAUUUAGAAUUAAUCAAAGCUCUGAUGGCUAAGAACAUACCAUUGACUAGUUUAAGUGAAGAUAGUGGUCUAAAUUGUCUGAUGGUAGCAUUAUAAGCUGGUAAGAAUGAACUUAUAUUUAGGAUUUUGGACUACGUUAUUAACAUCAAGGCUUUUAAUCAACAGUGUAGAGAUCUAGGCGAAACUCUUUUGAUGAAAGCUAUCUAGAGAAAUCAGAUAGACAUAGUAACAGUGCUACUCUAGAGACAAGGGAUAUCAAUUGGUACUCUAAAGGAUCAUUAAGGCAGGACUGAAUUGAUUCACGCAGUCGAACGAAAUUCAGUUGAGAUUGUGGCAUUGCUGAUUGAAGCUGCUCAAAGAACUAAAUAGGAUCUAGAUAUGAACAACUAUGACAAGAGAGGCAGGACUGCUAUAAUACACGCUGCCUUGAACUAAAAUCUUGAGAUACUUAAGCUCCUGCUAUUUUAAUACAAAUUUCCGCCAGCUAUAAGCAGUCCAGGGACAAAUCAUCAGGAGCAGGUGCAUGUGGUGAAGUGGAAGGACGACUUGGGCAAGGAUGUAUGUGACUAUGCUUAGACUGAGGAUAUAAAAAUAACACUGAGCUAAUACAUUGAACAGAGCAACCAGCUAUACCCAGGCUAUUUCAAUAUGAUAGCUUCGAUUCAGAAAAAGAUGCUAAUGUAAAAAUAGAAAGAGACUUUCCUAAAUAAGGUAGAGGCAGCUGCAAGUCUUACAGCCAAGAAAUCUGGUGCUCCAGAAGGUGAUGAAACUAAGCAAAGAAAGUUCUUAGAUCUUGAGGCUUUGAAAAAAGUUUAGAUGCUAGAAAAUUAAAAGCAAAAGACUAUGAAGAACAAGCUUAAAAGAAUUGAAGAAGAGAUAAAUGCUCAGAGCGAGUAGAUGAAGAACUAAUCAGAGCAGGCAGAGAAUGAAAAGAUUAUGAUACUAUAGCAAAUAUCCAAGAAGAGACUCAAGUCACUUAGAUCUAUUGCCCUCAAGUUCCCAAAAUUGUCAAAUCUAGAGCAUAAUCCUAAGUUUAAACAAGCCAUUACUCAUCUCUAUAACGAGAGUGAUCUGACUAAAUUCAAAAAUACGAGCAAGCGCAGGACAGUCAAUGAGAUCCUAGAUCAUCACAGCCCGAACAAGGUGCUUUAAAGAUACUAGUCAAAGAAGACAAUUAAUGAAUUUGAAGAGCGUCAUUUAAGCAAGAUUGGAGAGGAGGUACUGCAACUCCCUAUGCUUAAACUAGAAAAGAUCACUUCACCAGAACUAGCUGAGCCCAACCAAAGCAGCAGCUUCUCUAAUUAAAAAACACUCAAUAGCAAGAACCACAUAAACAUCAAGCAAACCCUGACUCGAAUAUUCUCAGAGGAUUAGAUUUCCAAGUUCAAGUCAUUGACUCGCUCUCUCGACAAAAACAUCAACCUUGACAUUCCGAUAUAUAAGAAGUCAGCAAUUGAUACAGCAUCCUCAAGGAAUUCAGAAGCCUAUACUGCCAGCAUAUUUAAUCUCAAAGAUAAGGUUCAAAGCAAGGACUUUUUGCCAAAUAUCAGAAAUUCUAUUCAGAAGGGAUCAUCCAAGGUAGCAGUCUCAUAAAGUGAUUUGAAAGAGGUCAAGAAUCGAGACGAGGCUAAGAAAUCUAAAAUGCAAAGGAUGAUUAAGUUGGCAAAGCUGGAUGACAGUGAUCUAGAAGAAGAGUUCCAAGAAGAGGAGGAGGAGCUAAAGUUUCUAGCUAAGGGGGUGAAAGGUGAUUUUGUAAGAUAGAAGAUCAAUGCUAACUUUUAAUGA